AUGUUUUCAUACAGCACCUUGGCCCUUGGUCUAGCUACUGUUGCACGUCUUGUCGCCGCAGGACCAUGCGAUAUCUACCAGACAGGCGGCACUCCUUGCAUUGCUGCACACAGCACCACACGAUCUCUAUACGAUAACUUCAACGGCGCGCUUUACCAGAUCAAGCGUGCUUCGGAUGGUUCCACCACCGAUAUCAAACCUUUGUCAAAGGGCGGCGUGGCAAAUGCCUCUGCUCAAGACUCGUUCUGCAGCGGCACCACCUGUCUCAUCACUGUCAUCUAUGACCAGUCUGGUCGGGAUAACCACUUGACACAGGCUCCUCCUGGUGGUUUCAAUGGCCCAGAGGCAAAUGGCUAUGACAACCUUGCCAGUGCUGAUGGUGCACCAGUCACCUUGAACGGGAAGAAGGCAUACGGUGUUUUCAUCUCCCCCGGGACUGGAUACCGCAACAACGAGAUCAGUGGGUCAGCUACGGGGGAUCAGCCCGAGGGCAUGUACGCUGUUCUUGAUGGAACUCACUACAACGGUGCCUGCUGCUUUGACUACGGUAAUGCCGAGACCAACAGUAAGGACACAGGCAACGGUCACAUGGAAGCCAUCUACUUCGGUGACAGCACCGUCUGGGGCUCUGGUGCCGGCAGUGGUCCUUGGGUAAUGGCUGAUCUUGAGAACGGCCUCUUCUCUGGAAAGAACCCCAAGAACAACGCUGCUGAUCCUUCCAUCAAUUAUCGAUUCCUGAAUGCUGUUGUCAAGGGCAAGCCUGGCACUUGGGCUAUCCGCGGAGGGAAUGCUGCUUCUGGCGGAUUGUCAACAUUCUACAACGGGGCUUACCCUGAUGGUGGCUACAGCCCGAUGAAGAAAGAGGGCGCCAUAAUCUUGGGCAUUGGUGGUGAUAACAGUAAUGGUGCUCAAGGAACCUUUUACGAGGGUGUCAUGACAUCUGGGUUCCCGUCUGAUGCUACUGAGAACGCAGUUCAGGCGAACAUCGUGGCCGCGAAAUACGCCACAACGUCCCUGACAAGCGGCCCUGCUCUCUCAGUCGGAUCAUCCGUUUCAUUGAAGCUUACUACAUCUGGCUACACCAACCGAUACCUCGCACAUACUGACUCAGCUGUCAACACCCAAGUCGUCGACAGCUCCAGCAGCGCCGCUCUCAAGAAGCAGGCCAGCUGGACUGUCCGAUCGGGCCUUGCGAACAGUGGCUGUGUGUCUUUCGAAUCCAACGAUACUCCUGGUAGUUACAUCCGCCAUUACAACUUUGUUUUGGUGGUCAACAAGAGCGACGGCACCAAGGCCUUCAACGAAGACGCCACAUUCUGUCCCCAGACGGGUCUCAACACCCAAGGUAUCGCGAUUCGAUCCUGGAAUUAUCCCACUCGCUACGUGCGACACUUCAACAACGAUGGUUAUGCUGCGUCCCAAGGAGGUGUCCAUACAUUUGAUGCUGCCAACAGCUUUGCAGACGAUGUCAGUUUUGUAGUUGCCAAAGGCUUUGCUUAG